AUGGGCUGGAGGGUGCUCAUCACAGCCUGGGCCCUGUGCUCCUUGGAGCACUCCACUCCAGGAAUCGGCUCAACCAAUGUGAGUGUGGGAGGAAGCUGGUGUACUGAGUAUGGUAUCCAGGAUCAGCUAGCACAGCGCGUGGCUGAGGCAAAGGCUGAGGACAUUUUUGAGGACCUGAAAAGGAGCAUCAGGAAGAGUGACAGUCCCCGCUCCUGUCUCAAGUGGCUGUGCGAGGCUGAAAGAGCAGAUGGAUCCUUCUCCGGUCCGCAGCAGGACGCCCCUUCAGCAGGAGCCCUCUGCAGCCCCAAGAAGGAGGUUCUUGACUGUGAAGGACUGCUGUGCUCUGCGGAAGACUUGCCCAACGUGCUGCUUCUGAGUUCCUCAGAUCCCCCUCCUGGCAUCGCCUGUACCUGCAGCCUCCUCACAUCCUGGUGCCAUCCCAAGAGUCCCUCUUCCCUCACUCAGCAUCCUCCUGGGUCCAUCCCGGUGACACAGCCUGAAAAUGCUGGCCACUUUGCCACCUGCUACUUCCUAGAAACAGGUGCUCAGGCGCCUCCAGCUCUGGGCAUCCGUGUUCACCUGGCUUCCGGAGCUGCUCUCUGUCUGCUGGUGGACUUUGGGGACAGUUGUGUAGCUGAGAUGAGACUGUGUACAAUGACAGGCGCAGCUGCGGUGAUUGGCUACCACCGGUACAGGAAAGAAGGAGUCUACAAGCUCAGGGCUGUAGUCCAUGACGUUCAUGGAGUUGAUGUGGAACUGGGACCUUAUUAUGUGGACAUUGGCCGUGAGAAUGUGUCUGUGUUCAUGAAUUCCAGCUCUAUCCACGAUGGUGAAGCUCUUUCCUUUGCUGACUCCCUCCCACAGCAGAAAGGCACCAUCGUGAUGCAUGGCUAUUCGUCUGUUUCUUCAUACAAUGUGUCCUUUAUUUCUCAGGCCCGAGAGGGCAGCGGCCAGGCUUGGCUUGGUGUGACUGUUGGGUAUAAGCUGCAAUCCGUGUCUAUCCACACCAACGGAACCGUGUUUGCUGCAGACACGAACAUCACAUUUGUGGCUGUUACCAAUGAAACUAUACCCCUGGAGUUUGCAUGGUAUUUUGGAGAUGACCCACCAGUGAGGACAACUUCCAGAAGCAUUAGAAGAAGGCUGAGCAUCCCUCAGUGGUACCAUGUGAUAGUCAAGGCCACCAGCAGGAUCGGCAGUGUGGUCUCUGAGUCCCACCUCAUCAGGGUACAGAAGAGAAUCACGGCCAAUCGGCUCAUGUCCACUGCCUCAGCCCUGGUAAAUGCCAAUGUGUCCUUUGAGUGCAGGCUCAACUUUGGCACUGACGUGGCCUACUUGUGGAACUUUGGAGAUGGGACCAUUGAGCUUGGCAGCAGCUCCUCCAGCCAUGUCUACAGCAGGGAGGGAGAGUUUACAGUUGAAGUCCUUGCCUUCAAUAACAUCAGCUCCGCCGUCCUAAGAAAGCCGCUUUUCAUCGUGCACGAGCCUUGCCAACCACCUCCGGUGAAGAACAUGGGGCCUAAGAAGGUGCAGAUUUGGAGGUCUCAGCCCCUGAGACUUGCAGUGACAUUUGAAGCUGCAGUUCUCUGUAACAUUUCCCAAGGGCUUUCCUACUCCUGGAGCGUUGUGGACGCUGAGGCGACUGCUGUCACCCUCCCUGCUGCUGUCCACACCCACAGACAGACCAUCAGGCUCCCAAGCUACACCCUGGAGUGUGGGAACUACACCGCUGUGGCCAAGGUUCAGAUCAAGGGAAGCAUAGUAUAUAGCAACUACUGUGUUGGUGUGGAGGUUCGAGCCCGGGCUCCUGUCAGCGUGAUCUCUGAAGGCACACACAUCUUCAUUCCCAGGUCCACCACAACCUCCAUCAUCCUCAGAGGGGUCCAGUCCUACGACCCUGACAGUCCAGGAGCUACUCUUAGGUAUCACUGGACCUGCACUGCAGCCAGCUUGCCAAGGUCCUGCUUCGAGGACUCUACUCCAUACCAAGUGGACACUCAGGCUCCUGCCAUUUCCUUCCCAGCAAAAUGGCUCAGUGAAUGCUGUGACCAGUUUCUUGUGACACUGACAGUCUCCAGCAAUGGACGGAACUCUUCUCAGGCCGUGAUAUUCCUGUCCACCCAUCCUGACCCAGACUUCAGAUUCGUCCACAUCUCAUGGGUCAAUUUUAGAGACAUCCGUGUAAACUGGAAUGAAGAACUGUCUCUCAGAGCUGUGUGUGAAGACUGUGGAGAUGUAGCCGACCUCACUUAUUCCUGGGAUCUCUUCCUAGUCAAUGCAACAGCAAAGAAUACAGUGGAAGUUCCCUUCUGUAGCACCGUGGGGCUGCUGGGCGCUUCAGCAUUUGGGGCCAUUGUGAAGUUGUCUAAGUCAGACCUGCAGUCAAGCCCCAGAGGAUCACAGAUACUACACUCACCAGAGCGGUCACCCAUGCCCCUGAGCUGGUCAGCUCUUCACAACCUGGGAAGCAUUUCCACUGAGUCCAUGGCAGGAGGCCACCACAUUCCUGCUGGGGGUCCCAUGGCAGCCUCAGGGGAGCUUAUGGAGGAUGACAGCUCACUGAGUGCUGCACCAGGUUCCCUGGAGGAGGAAGCUUUUAUGAUGAGCACCCCAGAGGGAAGCUGGUCCCCUUCCAGCUCCUCCCCUGCCUCUGAUGAUUUUGAAGCCUAUUAUAGUGACAUCCAAGAAGACGUGCCGUCCCAAGGAAGACAGCCAGGAAACAGUGCCAACUUCCAGGAAUCAGGACCAAGCACCAGCACCGAGGAGAGUGCCAAUGGUGGGGACAACCUGCUGGGUCCUUUCCUUCACACAGGCAGAGCAAAGCCAGCUCUCAUGGUUGACUGGCCCAAGACCCUGGUCAACCGAGCUGUCUUCCACAACUACACCUCCUCAGGUAUCAUGGGACCAGCUGUGACAAUAACACCGUUCUCACUGAGCAGUGGCGAGAUGUAUGUCUUACAGGCUUCUGUAGCUUCAAAGCAUGCCUUACUAGGCAAAGCUCAACUCUACGUAACGGUCAACCAAGUCCCACGGGACAUGUCCUGUCAGGUGCGACCCCACAGUGGUAUGGAGGCACAUACCAUCUUCAGUGUCUUCUGCAUGUCAGGGAAACCGGACUUUCAUUACGAAUUUCGUUACCGGAUAGGAAACACUUCUCCACACACUCUGUACCGUGGACGAGAUACCCAGUACUACUUUUUAUUGCCAGCUGGUGAGGCCUCAGAUGAUUACAAAGUCUUUGUUUCUACUGAGAUCACAGAUGGCCAAGGCUCCAAGGUGCAACCAUGCACUGUGGAAGUGACUGUGCUACCCCGUUACCAUGGAAACGACUGCCCUGACAAGGACCUAUACAACUCCACCCUGGAAAACCUGUCUUCUCUCCAGCUGCUGGGGAGUUACACAGAAGUAAGGAACUACGUCACCAUGACCACCGCCAUCCUGAGCCGUUUGUAUGUGAGGAGCACAAACACUUCUUCGUGUGGUCUAUGGUCACAGAUACAGGAUGUAUUGAUUUCUUCUGCAUGCAAAGUACCUGUUACAGACCAGGAAGUGAUGGUGGAUUCUCUUCAUAUAUUGAGAGACCUCAUAAGCUUCCCUAAUAAGUUGAGCUUGAUGAGUGGCAUGCACAUCCUCAAAUAUGCCCAGAUGUCCCUUGCUCAAGGUCAGUUCUCUGAGAAGUUGCUGGUCAACAAAAACCUAGGAGUUGAACUUAUCCUUCUCAUCUCUGGAGUCUGGGAAGCUUCCAAAGAAGGCACAAGGAAUGAAGAGUACCUGCAAGAAGAAGGCAUGAAGAUCAUCUCUGACACGUUACUAGCCUGUCUCUCCCUGAGCCACCAGCAUCAGCUGCACAUAAGCACUGGGCAGAUGGCGUUCUGGACCCUUCUCCAUCACAGCUUUCAGAGUUCUAUCCAGAACCUGGGCUUCAUCUCGGUCCAUUUCCCUGGUGGCCUGGCCAGGCACAGUCCUGCUCAAGAGGAAUCACCAAGCCCGUGCUACAUCAGCCAGCUCAUGUUCUUCAAAAGCAGCCCUUAUCCAGGGGGACGAGCUCCUGGACAGGUGGGUGGUGUGGUGAGCCCUGGGCUCUACAGCUGCCAGAGCAGAAGACCUAUUCUCAGAGGACGACUCGCGAUGCCUGUGACUGUGGAGUUUGGGGAGGAAGAUCACCUGCACAAGAGAAAUCCAACCAUGUUUGCAUUGCUUCGAGAUGAGGUGAAUCUCCACCGGUUCUCUGGGCUCUCUGAAAACCCCCAGGAAACCUUACAGAUCCGCAUCGAAUUCUCCAAGCCUGUUACAAGAGCCUUCCCCGUCAUGCUGUUAGUAAGGUUCUCCAAGAAAGCCACGCCUUCUGAUUUUCUUGUGAAGCAGGUCUACUCCUGGGAUGAGCAGACUGUACACAUUUAUGUACCUGCUGUCCCACGGAAAGGAGCCAGUGUGGGGUAUUUAUCCCUAUUGGAUGCUGAUUAUGACAGGAGGCCUCCAAACAAGUACCUUGCUGGGACAGUAAACUAUACCGUGCAUUUCCAGUGGAUGCAAUGUGUGUUUUGGGACAAGACAGAGUGGAGAUCCGAAGGUUCCUGUCCACAGCCAGGAAUGUCUCCUGAAAAAGUCAGCUGCAGCUACCAUCGCCUUGCACCUUUCUCUGUCCUGAGAAGGAAGGUGAAUGCCACUUUCGAAGUGAGCCCCAUUUCUGAGUUUCAGAGUCACCCACACAACUUGCUUCCCACUAUUUUCAGUGUGUUUUUCUUGGUUCUUUAUGGAUUGUUGGUGGCUAAAAGCAGAUGUGUAGAUUGUCAUAAGAAAAAGAAACCUGGUUGUAUUUUUCUGGAAGAAGAUACCCCACCUGGCCACCAACUGUAUGCAGUCAUCAUUGACACUGGCUUCCGGUCACCAGCCCAAUUUUCAUCAAAGGUUUUCAUUGUUUUAUGUGGUGAAAACGGACUCUCAGAAACCAAAGAACUCUGCUGUCCAGAGAUGUCCUUGUUUGGAAGGAAUUCCAGGCACACCUUUAUACUGAGCACUCCGAACCAACUGGGGCCACUCCAGAAGAUCCGACUCUGGCAUGACAGCAGUGGACCUUCCCCAAACUGGUUCCUCAGCCACGUGAUGGUGAAGGAGCUACGGUCAGGCCAAGGCUGGUUCUUCUCUGCCCAGUGCUGGCUGGCUGUGGGUUUAUGUGAUGGCCAUGUGCAGCGAGAGCUUUUCUGCCUGCGCCAAGGUCUUGGCUUCUGGAAGCUUUUCUACUCAAAGUUCACGGAGUACCUGGAGGAUUUCCACAUCUGGCUCUCCCUGUACAGCCAGCCCCCCUCCAGCAGCUACCUACACACACAGCGACUUGCAGUGUCCUUCUGCCUCCUGUGUGUCUACUCCUGCCUCGCUGCCCUGGUCACUGUGGGAGGCCAUGAACAGCGCCCCCUGGAUGUGGGUCCCACGCUUAUCACUCUGGAAUCCUUCGGUCUGAGUCUCCUGUGCACCUUCCUGGCCUGCCCAGCUGCCCAGCUCUUAUCACUGCUCUUCAGGGCCAGCCAGGAGGCUGCAGGGCAUUUACAGGCUGUGCCACAGUGGCCUCUAAGAAAAGUGAAGACAGAGGUACCUCAGGGUCUGCUAACCUGCCGGUCUCUAUCUCGCUCUUUCUUAGCUCCCAGCAGUGGUUUUGAGGGACUUGUGCUCCAGGGGUCAAAGGUCUGUCUGCUCUGGUCAAGCUCUGUGGCCUGGGCCAUUUGUGGAUCAGCUUCCCUUGCCUGUGGUUUGGGGACAGGAUUCCUGGGCUACAGGUUUGUGCCAGAGCAGUUUAUGUGGUGGCUGCACCUGCUGUUACUCUCUGUGAUCUGCUGUGCAUCUGUCACCCAGCCACUCAUGAUCUGUUUGGCAGCGCUGGCCUUUGCCUGGAAAAGGAAACAUGACAGCCAAUUUUUUACUGAAUCUUUACAUGAUGCAACCAGGGAUCUCGAUUUGGAAUUGGAAGAAUACUCCAGAACCCACAUUCCUCAUUCUCCCAGCUCCUGUUGUCCUGACAGUGCUGAGGAGGCUGAAAGGGUCUUGGCUGCCCGACAACGAGAACGCCACCUGCGCUGGGCUCAGCCACCAUCCAGGGCCAAGUUCAGAGUGACCAGGGAGAGACUGAGGAAAGAGAGCCGGGUGCAGGCAGCCCUGAGAGACAUCUCCGUGCACAGCCUCAUGCUGCUGCUGCUUUUGUUUAUAACAUACGGGAGAGUCUCUCCAGGUGAAUAUUCUCUCAAUCAAGCCAUCAGGGAGGAAUUUACAAGAAAUGCCAGACACUCCUUUGGGGACCUGAGCAGCACUGAUGACUGGUGGGACUGGACUCUGAGCACUUUGCUGGAUGGGCUGCACCCAGAAGGACCCUCUGUUGGAGCCCGGGGGGCUCAGCCUGGAGCUCUCGGAGGGCAGUGCCAUCUCAUAGGCCCUUCUGUGAUCAAGCAGCUGAAGGUUUCUUCCGAUACUGCAUGCACACCUCCCAGGCCAUUCUCAGAGCUCAUGGAAGAUGCACUACCUACACAGAGUCGUGACCUUGACCUUGAGAGCCAAAAUGUGACGCCUGGUGCUCCUGAGGCCUGUGGGGUGAAGAAGGAGAGCCCCAUGCACAGCCUAGGAAGAACAAGGCGUGAAGCCCACUCAGCCCUGACCGCCCUCAGGGCCAACAGGUGGAUCGAUCAGGGUACCAGGGCCAUGUCUGUGCACUUCACUCUCUACAACCCUCCAACACGACUCUUGACGAGUGUGACCCUCAGCGCGGAGCUGCUCCCCACGGGAGGUCUUGUCCCCUCAUCCUUGGUAGAGUCGUUCAGCAUCUUCCAUAAUGCCUCAGUCCCGCAGUACCUUCUUAAGCUUUCUGAGCUGGUGUUCCUGGUACUCAACGUGACCCACCUCUGUUUCCAGCUCUGGGGAAUGGCCACCAAGGGGGUCCUCAGCUACUGGAGAAAACCGAGACACUGGCUGGAGCUCUCUAUGGUUGGGGUAGCCCUGGCCUACUAUGCAGCCUCUGGUUACCUCACCACCCUUGCUGAGAAUGUCACUGACCAGUUCCACAAAGGAUUUCAUCAGAUGUAUGUGGACCUAAGUCUGAUGGUGUCAUGGAAUCAGCGGGCAAGAUGGCUCCGGGCAAUCCUCCUGUUCCUCUGGAUGUUGAAAUGUGUUCACCUCCUCGGCUUCCUGAGCACCCUGGCAUCCUUCUCAGCAGUGACACAUCCGUCUCUCUCCAGAGCCUUUGCACCAGCACUGUUGGGGGCCCUGCUGCUGGCGGCCCAUUCCCACUUGCACCAGUUUCUGCUCUCCACCGGGACGCCAUCACCUGGCACCUCUACAGAUGCAUUUCCUGGGCUGCUGCUUCAGUUUCUGGGAAGAAGCCCAAAGGACGCACUGCACAAUCGUUUGGAGUCUGACCAUCAAGCCGUGACUUGUUACUGUGGGGCCCUCUUUCUGCUGGCGGCAACGCUGUGUUUCGGAAUGGUGCGUAGAUCCCCUGAUGCAUCCCUCCUCCAGCUGAGGGCUUCCCUCCUGACUUUUUUCCGAAAAAGAAAGUCUUUUCACAGAAAAUCUCUCGUGACGCUUAACAAUGUUGCUGUUUAUGCCUGGCACAAAGUCCUCACCCUUCUGGGGCUGGAAACAACAACUCCGGAAGAGGCGGAGGUGGCUGCAGACCAUAGUUAUUACCUGGAUGAAUUUUCCAGCCUCUUGGAUGAACUUCUGGUGAAGAUUGACUGUUUGUCUGACAGCCUAGAACUUUCUAUCUUAGAGAAACACUGGAAGAGGACAGGGGAGUCAAUGGCAGUGGAUAGUCCUUCAGUUGGUAUUUCAUUGUAACAAGAUUCUGGGGUAAGACUGUGCAAAUUAUUUUCAUUAACUUUCUACACAGCAGUUUUUAUAUUCCAAAGGUGGUUUGAAAUCAUGAGAUGGAUUUGUAUAAGAAACCCUCUAAAAAUAAUAUUAGUGGAAAGAUGUGCUCUGGCCAGAAUUGUUUAAAUUAUUUAAAAUGUAUGGCAAGACUCCAAGUUUCCAAGUGCCGUGGAUAUCUAUC